AUGGCCUUGAACGUGGAAAAAUGUGUAACUUUGACUUUCCACCGUUGCAGAGCUCCCAUAAUACGAGAGUACACCGUAUAUGACACCACUCUCAGAAGAACAGCUGAAGUUAAGGACCUUGGGGUCACAUUUACACAGUCUCUUGCUUGGGAUCGCCAUAUUGGUGUGGCUUGUUCUAGAGCCCUGCGCAAUCUGGGUCUUAUCCAUCGCCUUGCCAGAACCCUCUCCAACCCUCAUUCAUUAAGGAUUAUUUAUUGUACCCUUGUAAGACCCCACCUCGAAUACUAUGGAGUCAUAUGGUCACCUCACCAGGUCUACCUAAAGGACGCUCUGGAGGCGGUCCAGCGUCGUUUUCUCCGCCUCAUCUGGACCCGUCUUGGGUACCGGUACCAAGAAAUCCCACUGGAUUAUGUUGCCGCCCUCAUGAAGCUUCCUUCCCUCGAAAAUAGACGUAUCAUGAGUGAUAUCCUGUUUCUUUGGCGUCUAGUAACGGCUGACAUCGAUUGCCCUGACCUUCUUCAGAGAAUUUCUCUCAGAGUACCAACCUGCGGCACAAGAUCGCAAAACCUCUUCGUCACAACAUCUGCACGGACCAAUUACAUGAGGAACAGCUCUAUCAUUAGAGUACAAAGGCAUGGCAAUUCAGUUUCUGAAGAUCUGGACUUCUUCCACCCCUCAAGCAUUUCCAGCUUCCGCUGCCGUCUCCAGAGCCUCUUCAAUUAA